AUGACGUCUACACGAUUAUCAAGGUACUACAAUUAUAUUACGUGUAGAUACUGUUGGACUACAAUUAUACUACUGUUGGAAGUUCUACUUACAAAGUCCAACAAUUAUACUGUUGGAUUACAAAUACUAGAAGAUGCUGUACGAAGUACAAUUACACAAGAGCAAGAACUAGUUAGACUACAACUAUACUGCACUACAAAAACAAUUGUGCUAUAAGUUAUUCCUUACUAGUACCCUAUAGUAUCUUUUACUUCUCUUCACUAUCCAUUUUUUUAUAAUCACCUUUAGGUACUCGUACUUGUGGUGUCCGUUUAGUCACUAUGACAACUAUGACUUUUAGGUACUUAUGGUAUCCGCGAGAGCCAGUUUCGAGAAGAGCCGGUCGGGCUCCGCGUUUCUGGACAAAAUGAUAUGGAUGGAGGACAGAGGAUCCCUACAAAAACGAACUAUAGAGAUUCAAUGCAAAAACGAACUAUAGAUGGAGGAUAGAGAUUCAAUAAAAAAGCGCACUCAGCCGCUUCUACUCGGGUUGAAGCUCUUCAGUAGCCGCCGAUGUCCGCCUACGCUCACCAAACCUCUAACCUAAUCUAUAUAUAACCUAAUCUUUCUACUCGAGUUGAAAAUCCUCGUUAUCAUAACCUUAAAACACACAUCUUCGAAGUAGACCUCUUUUUAGUAUCCAAGAGCAGCAUCUAGAUAAGUAGCAACUCUCUAAAAAAGCGAAUCAUUUCGAUGGAUUACUUGUUGGCUCAACUUGCGAGCGGCAACGUGGACGAGCUCCGAAAGGUACUGAUGUCAACAUGUGAAAGUACUUACGUGAAGACCUAAAGGUACGGAUGUCAAGAUGUUAAGGUACUUAUGUCAAGAUGUGAAAGUACUUAUGUGAAGACCUAAAGGUACGGAUGUCAAGAUGUUGAGGUUCUUAUUCUUAACGCACUUAUGUGCACGACAUCUUAUUCUUGAGGUACUUAUGUGAAGGUCUGAAGAUAGUUAUUUGGAGAACUUAAGGCACUUAUGUGAAGAGCUUAAGGCACUUUCUUGUAAGUGAAGAUCUUCCGGCACUUCUGUGGUCUUAACCCUUAUAGUGUUCUGAGUGUCUUGACUUCGGUCACGCUCACUGCCAACUUCGUCUCCUAGCAACUUCGUCAAUCAAUCACAUUGUUCAAAGACACGACUGAGACUAUUCGAAUGGAGACUCACAUUGUUCAGACAAACACUAACACUCUUUAGCUCACGGUUGAACCACAAUCCACGCUGACACCAGUCAUCCACACUGACACCAGUCAUCCACACUGACACUAGUCAUACACACUGACACUAGUCAUCCACACUGACACGUUUCGACUGACCUAUAUGGUCUGAAUCACACUCCAGAUUUUUGCGGCGUUGAUGAAUUACUUGCUGGCCUACUUUUCCAACGAAGCGCAAGCUGACACGCAAGCUACGUCCGCUCUGCAGAUUCGGCUUAAGGCACUACACGUGUAAGUAGUCUCCCACGUAGGAGUUGGUCCAUUUCAGAGUACUUCCGNUCCGAAAGGUACUGAUGUCAACAUGUGAAAGUACUUACGUGAAGACCUAAAGGUACGGAUGUCAAGAUGUUAAGGUACUUAUGUCAAGAUGUGAAAGUACUUAUGUGAAGACCUAAAGGUACGGAUGUCAAGAUGUUGAGGUUCUUAUUCUUAACGCACUUAUGUGCACGACAUCUUAUUCUUGAGGUACUUAUGUGAAGGUCUGAAGAUAGUUAUUUGGAGAACUUAAGGCACUUAUGUGAAGAGCUUAAGGCACUUUCUUGUAAGUGAAGAUCUUCCGGCACUUCUGUGGUCUUAACCCUUAUAGUGUUCUGAGUGUCUUGACUUCGGUCACGCUCACUGCCAACUUCGUCUCCUAGCAACUUCGUCAAUCAAUCACAUUGUUCAAAGACACGACUGAGACUAUUCGAAUGGAGACUCACAUUGUUCAGACAAACACUAACACUCUUUAGCUCACGGUUGAACCACAAUCCACGCUGACACCAGUCAUCCACACUGACACCAGUCAUCCACACUGACACUAGUCAUACACACUGACACUAGUCAUCCACACUGACACGUUUCGACUGACCUAUAUGGUCUGAAUCACACUCCAGAUUUUUGCGGCGUUGAUGAAUUACUUGCUGGCCUACUUUUCCAACGAAGCGCAAGCUGACACGCAAGCUACGUCCGCUCUGCAGAUUCGGCUUAAGGCACUACACGUGUAAGUAGUCUCCCACGUAGGAGUUGGUCCAUUUCAGAGUACUUCCGAAGGAGAAGAACUAGAUGCGCGACAAUUGAGGUUACCUCUUGCCAGAGGCUACUAGCAUAGAGGGAGUUGAAGGUACUUACUAGGAAGUAGUCGCUGUGAGCGUCCACCUAUCCGUAACAUUCGUAACUAAUAACUCUAAUCUAAGGUAGUUAUCAUUUAGCUAUUAUCAUGAGCUAAUGACUAAUAACUUAAUGACCUAGCCGCGAUGCAGUGGACCCUCAACCUUAAGCUCAACCUUAACCUAAUGACCUAGCUACAACUAGCAAUGAUUGACGACAGAAGAAGCAGCGACCGCUCUAAACCUGGAACCGGAGAGAAGGUCAACAUUGCGACGCACGUAACAGUCAGCAAGGGUGUCCCGACUGUGGUGGGAAAAGUGACUUAUGAACGUACUGGAGCAGCCCUAUCUUACAUCACGAGUAGUGAAGAUCCUUGUCUUCUCUACCCUGGUAAUGUACAGCAAAUACGCAAUGAAUCCUGGUUUUUUUUACCUUGUGAGAUUGAUUAAGUGAGUCCUGGUUUUUUUACCUUGUGAGAUUAGUUAAGUGAGUCCUGGUUUUUUUUACCUUGUGAGAUCGAGUGAGUCCUUGUUUCUAAUUUUCUAUGGAGCGAUCGCUAUCGCAAGCCCUUGCGGAAUUCACGGGCAACUCGAAAAGUUACGCUGAACAAUCAGAAAUCUCCAUUUGACACUUAUCCAACGAUGCAUGACAAACCACCAAUUAUAAACUAGUAAAUUACUUGUACUAGGUUCUUACUCCUUGCUACUAGGUUCUUCUUGUUAGGACACUUCUGCUCCUUGCUCUAGGUUCUUACGUCAAAGAAGUAGACCCACCUAGGGAGAUAGGAUGGCCCUUCCAUAGUUUCUUUGGAGAUAGGGUGCCCCUUUCAUUAUAGUAUCCAUAGUGGGGAUAAGGUGGCCCGUUCAUUAUACAUAGUAACUAUGUAAUAAUGUCUCUGAGGCGGGUAGGUUGAACUGCGAAAUCUAAGAAGCGCCCUUUCUCGGUUGGCUAAUCCAGUGGUCGAAAGCAGUCUGUCGCUAUAAUAAGCAUGUACUUACUAACAAAACAUUGUGUUUGUAAUUAGGGAAGUGGGGACUUUUCAUCAUGACAUUCUAAUGGGUACACUCAUUCACUCAAGCAAAAAUGAGAUUUUUGGAAAACUUGCAUGAACAGCAGCAAGAUGAUAUCUGACAGACCUCAGUCACGUGAAGUACACCCUUUCUAACGCUGAUGAAAAGUUAGAGACUGACGUGCACAACAAAUCAUGUCUGGUCAUCUUGCAUCUAUUCAAAAGGAGUUGCAUCUGGUGGCUAUCAUCUUAGUGACAGACUCCAUAUUUCUUUACAUCAUAUAUAUCAGGCCGACCAGGAUGCAGAUUUACACGAUGCGGUGCAGCAGCAGAUUGACGAAUUUGUUCGAGAUGCAAAGUUUGAAAAUUAUGCCACAUUUAAUCCGUUCUCUUUGUUAGAAAGUCUUCUGUCCUUUGCAUAUUUUUUAUAGGAUACAGUACUCGACUGAUUCUCCUAGCGUCCCAUGAUAUUCACAGUCCCUAUGCUCCCAUGAUGUUCGCAAUUCCCGUAUCCCAUCCUGAGAGUUCCUUUUUCCUUUGUAUACGGACAAUUCCGGUAUCUUCCUGGCUAUGCUCACAAUUUCUAAGAGAUGACGAAGAAGGCUUUCAAGGACUUCGUUGACAACGAGCAAUCCUGGUCUGCGCUGAGACAGAUGUGGUUUGUUUUAAGGCUACUUCAGGGUUGCGUGGACUUCACGACUAGGUGGGUUCAUCAAUAAGCGAAUGUACCUAAAGUUUAGUUGUAGUUUAGUUACAAGCUAAUGAUAUGACAACACUCCGUUGUCAGAGAAGUGGAAUUAGAGAAACCAUGGAAUUCGUAAACGAGCUGCUCUCAAUACUAAGAUUUUGUUCCUUUUAAGUGGAUCCAUUCCUAUCCAUUCCUGUUCUAUUCUAUCCUAAAGAUGCGCUAAUUCACCACGGUGGCAGAGAUCUGUUUUGCAGGCACUUGACGAGGAAUGGUGGUGGAGGAGCUUCAGGUCCGCCAAUGCUGAGCGCCAGCUCGUCCUUUUACGACGAAUUUGUCACUAUUUACUGGUUUCAUGACAUGAAGACAUGAGGAACCAUGUAACUUUUGGAAGUGUAUUUUCGACAAGAUUAAGCAUCUAUUACUGGUGCAUCUUCUAGAAACAGACAGUGUACUAGGCGUGACUACUCCUACAAACUGCUACGACUACUGCUAUGCUUUUUAGUACCGAUGCAAAUUUUUUGAAAUUGAGCCAGGACCUUAUGAAUGCAUGUUGUGUUUUCUAGCUACUUCAAGAACAGGGUUAGUAGUUGUGGUUCUGCCUUAGUAGUGGUUCUACCUGUAUGCCAGUAGGUUCAUUGGUACUAUCACCCUCACCUGUCUAAGCCUUCGUCUCUCUCGGUGGGUCGAUGCUGACGGC